AUGGGGCUGCCACUGGCCCACCUGGUGGCUGCCUGCCUGACCCUGGCCUCGGCCGGGGGCUUGGAGGUGCAGAGAGUGGGCCGGUCCCGAAGCCACAGCCACAACGUCUGCAGCACCUGGGGCGACUUCCACUACAAGACCUUUGACGGUGACAUCUUCCACUUCCCCGGCCUCUGUGACUACAACUUUGCCUCUGACUGCCGCGACUCCUACAAGGAGUUUGCUGUGCACCUGAAGCGGAGCCGGGGCAAGGAUGGCGGCCACCCCCAGGUGGAGUCCGUGCUGCUGACCAUCAAGGACGACACCAUCUACCUCACCCAACAGCUGGCCGUGGUGAACGGGGCCAUGGUCAGCACCCCACACUACAGCUCAGGCCUGCUCAUCGUGAAGAAUGACGCCUACACCAAAAUCUACUCCCGAGCCGGCCUCUCGCUCAUGUGGAACCGCGAGGAUGCGCUCAUGCUGGAGCUGGACAGCAGGUUCCACAACCACACCUGCGGGCUGUGCGGCGACUACAACGGGGAGCAGACCUACUCGGAAUUCCUGUCGGAAGGCAUACGCUUCAGCGCCAUCGAGUUUGGGAACAUGCAGAAGAUCAACAAGCCCGAGGUGGAGUGUGAGGACCCCGAGGAGGAGAAUGUGCCCAAGUCCUGCUCCCAGCACCGUACUGAGUGUGAGAGGCUGCUGACGGCCGAGGCCUUCGAGGACUGCCAGACCCGCGUGCCGCUGGAGCUGUAUGUGGAAUCCUGCGUGCACGACCGCUGCCAGUGCCCACAGGCUGACAGCUGCAUCUGCAGCACCGUGGCCGAGUUCUCCCGCCAGUGCUCCCACGCGGGCGGCCGGCCCGGAAACUGGAGGACAGCCUCGUUCUGUGCCAAGAGCUGCCCUGGCAACAUGGUGUACCUGGAGAGUGGCUCGCCCUGCAUGGACACCUGCUCCCACCUGGAGGUCAGCAGCCUGUGUGAGGAGCAUCCUAUGGAUGGCUGCUUCUGCCCUGAAGGCACUGUGUACGAUGACAUCACGGGCAGUGGCUGUGUCCCUGUCAGCCAGUGCCACUGCAAGCUCCACGGCCACCUGUACGCCCCGGGCCAGGAGGUCACCAAUGACUGUGAGCAGUGUGUCUGCAACGCCGGCCGCUGGGUGUGCGAGGACCUGCUGUGCCCUGGGACCUGUGCCCUGGAGGGUGGCUCCCACAUCACCACCUUUGAUGGGAAGAAGUUUACCUUCCAUGGGGACUGCUACUACGUCCUUGCCAAGGGUGACCACAACGACUCCUACGCCCUGCUGGGUGAGCUGGUCCCCUGCGGUGCCACGGACAAGCAGACCUGCCUGAAGACUGUAGUGCUACUGACAGACCGCAGGAAGAACGUGGUGGCCUUCAAGUCGGAUGGCAGCGUGCUGCUCAACGAGCUGCAGGUGACCCUGCCCCACGUGGCGGCCAGCUUCUCCAUCUUCCGGCCGUCCUCCUACCACAUCAUGGUGAACACGGUCCUCGGGCUGCGGCUGCAGGUCCAGCUGGUGCCCGUCAUGCAGCUCUUCGUGACGCUGGACCCGUCAGCCCAGGGGCAGGUGCAGGGCCUCUGCGGGAACUUCAACGGCCUGGAGAGUGACGACUUCAAGACGUCUUGUGGGUUGGUGGAGGCCACGGGUGCCAGCUUUGCCAACUCCUGGAAGGCGCAGUCGAGCUGCCAUGACAAACUGGACUGGCUGGACGACCCCUGCUCCCUCAACAUCGAGAGCGCCAACUACGCCGAGCACUGGUGCUCCCUCCUGAAGAAGAAGGAGACGCCCUUCAGCAGGUGCCACCUGGCCGUGGACCCCACCGAGUAUUACAAGAGGUGCAAGUACGACACGUGCAACUGUCAGAACAAUGAGGACUGCCUGUGCGCGGCCCUGUCUUCCUAUGCACGAGCCUGCGCUGCCAAGGGUGUCAUGCUGUGGGGCUGGAGGGAGCGCGUCUGCAACAAGGAUGUGGAUGCCUGCCCCAGCUCGCAGAUCUUCCUGUACAACCUGACCACCUGCCAGCAGACCUGCCGCUCGCUCUCUGAGGGCAACACCCACUGCCUGAAGGGCUUUGCGCCCGUGGACGGCUGUGGCUGCCCAGACCACACCUUCCUGGACCAGAAAGGCCGCUGUGUGCCCCGGGCCAAAUGCUCCUGCUACCACCACGGGCUCUACUUGGAGGCGGGAGAGGUGAUCCUGAGGCAGAAUGAGCGCUGCACUUGCCAGGAAGGGAGGCUGAACUGCAGGCUGAUCCAGCUGAUUGGUCAGAGCUGCAAGGCUCCAAAGAUUCUGGUGGACUGCAACAAUCUCACGUCCCUGGCCACCCGGAAGCCCCGUCCCAUCAGCUGCCAGACGCUGGUGGCUGGCUACUACCACACGGGCUGUGUCAGUGGCUGCGUGUGCCCCCACGGGCUGCUGGACGAUGGCCGUGGCGGCUGCGUGGUAGAGGAGGAGUGCCCGUGUGUCCACAACAAGGCCCUGUACCUGCCUGGGCACAAGAUCAAGUUGGACUGCAACAACACCUGCACCUGCCAGAGGGGACGCUGGGAGUGCACAAAGUUCGCAUGCCACGGCACCUGCUCCAUCUAUGGCAGCGGCCACUACGUCACUUUUGACGGGAGGCACUACGACUUUGACGGACACUGCUCCUACGUGGCUGUUCAGGACUACUGUGGCCAGAACUCCACAGGCUCCUUCAGCAUCGUCACCGAGAACGUCCCCUGCGGCACCACCGGUGUCACCUGCUCCAAGGCCAUCAAGAUCUUCUUGGGGAAGACUGAGCUGAAGCUGGAGGAGAAGCACCGCGAGGUGAUCCAGCUGGAGGAGGGCCACCACGCGGCCUACACCACGCGGGAGGUGGGCCAGUACCUGGUGGUGGAGGCCAGCACGGGCGUCAUCGUGAUCUGGGACAAGAAGACCACCGUCUUCAUCAAGCUGGCCCCCUCCUACAAGGGCUCCGUGUGUGGGCUGUGCGGGAACUUCGACGACCGCACCAGCAACGACUUCACCACGCGGGACCACAUGGUGGUGAGCGGCGAGCUGGACUUUGGGAACAGCUGGAAGGAGGCCUCCACCUGCCCGGACGUGACUGCCACCCCGGACCCCUGCAGCGUGAACCCGCACCGCCGCUCCUGGGCCGAGAAGCAGUGCAGCAUCAUCAAGAGCAGCGUGUUCGCUGUGUGCCACAGCAAGGUGGACCCCACGGUCUUCUACGAGGCCUGUGUGCACGACUCCUGCUCCUGCGACUCCGGCGGGGACUGUGAGUGCUUCUGCUCCGCCGUGGCCUCCUAUGCCCAGGAGUGCACCAAGGCAGAGGCCUGUGUGUUCUGGAGGACCCCGGAUCUGUGCCGCUGCUACCCCCGGUGCCCUAAGGACAGGCCCAUCUACGAUGAGGCCAGGAAGAGGUGUGUCACUGGUGACCAAUGUGGCUGCUAUGUGGAGGACAUCCCCUAUCUACCAGGAAAAUCGGUUCCCACCGAGGAGAUCUGCCAGACCUGUGUGUGCACCAACUCCUCCCAAGUGAGCUGCCAGUGGGACGUAGGGAAGAUCGUCAACUCUACCGAGGAUGGGCCCUUCUGCUUCUAUGAAUUCUGUGGUCCCAAUGGGACAGUGCAGGGAUACUUCAAUGUCUGCUCAACCACCACGCUAACUCCGUCCACCACACUGCACGUGUCCACCCUGACCACCUCCACCUCGGUCCCCACCACCCCCACCACCCCUCUCACCACCACCAUCACCCUCACGACCAGAGGAGAGCCGUGCUGCCUCUGGUCAGACUGGAUCAAUGAGGACCACCCUAGCAUCGGCACCGAUGGUGGUGAUCACGAGACUUUUAACAGUGUCUGCGCAACUCCCGAGGACAUUGAGUGCAGGUCGGCCACCGAGCCUCACCUCAGCUGGGAGGAGCUGGGCCAGAAAGUCCAAUGUAAUACCCCAACACCCACACCCACCACCACAACCACAGGGACCCCAGCCUCCACACUAGAGACCUCAACACCCACACCCACCACCACAGCCACAGAGACCACAACACCCACAUCCACCACCACAGAAACCCCAACACCCACGCCCACCACCAUAAUCACAGUGACCCCACCCAUCACAACAGAGACCUCAACAGCUACACCCACUACAACCACAGAGACCACAACACCCACACCCACUACUAUAACCACAGAGACCACAACACCCACUCCUAACCCCACCACAGUAACCAUGUUGACCCCCACAACCACACCAGAAACCUCUGCACCCACAUCCACCACCACAAGCACAAAGACCACAACACCCACAUCCACCACCACAAGCACAAAGACCACAACACCCACAUCCACCACCACAAGCACAGAGACCACAGCACCCACAUCCACUACUACAACCACAGAGACCACAACACCUACAUCCACCCCCACCAUAGUAACCACGUUGACCCCUACCACCACACCAGAAACCUCUACAACUACACCUACCACCACAACCACAGAGACCACAACACGCACACCCACUAUUACAAUCAUAGAGACCACAACACCUACACCCACCACCAUAAUCACGGUGACCCAAACCACCACACCAGAGACCUCCACACAUACACCUACCACCACAACCACAGAGACUACAGCAUCCACACGCACAACUACAGCCACAGUUACCACAACACCCACAUCCACUGCUACAACCACAGAGACCACAACACCCACCCCUACCCCCACCACAGAAACCACAUUGACCUCCACCACCUCACCAGAAACCUCUACACCCACAUCUACUACCACAGGCACAGAGACCACAACACCCACAUCCACCACCACAACCACAGAGACUCCAACACCCAAACCCACCACCAUAACCACAGCGACCCCAAACACCACACCAGAGACCUCAACACCCACAUCUACCACCACAACCACAGAGACUACAACACCCACAUCCACUACUACAACCACAGAGACCACAACACCCACCCCUACCCCCACCACAACACCCACCACCACAACCAUAGAGUCUACGGCCUCAACCCUGGGAUCCACCACUGUAAGCAUCCUCACCACCACACCUACCACCACAACCUCGGAGUCCACCACUCCUGCAUCUACUCCGGCCACGCCCACACCCCCUACUGUGACAAUGACCACUGCAGUGACCUCCACUCAGACCUUGACGGAGCCAUCCACACUACAGACCACACCGAUCCAGACUUCCAGCAGUGGCUGGAUGAGCAGUCCCCUCACCACUGUCUUGUGCUGCUUCUUGAAUGGCACCUACUAUGCACCAGGCGAGCUGGUGUACAAUGGGACCCAUGGGAACACCUGCUAUUAUGCAAACUGCUCCCUGGACUGUGAACUCCAGUUCUUCAACUGGUCCUGCCCUUCCACACCUUCUCCGACUCCCUCCACACCCUCCACGCCCUCCACGUCCACACCCACACCCUCCACAUCCACACCCACGCCCUCCAAGCCAACGUCCAGCACACCAGUCACCACCAAGCCUCUCGGGUGCCUAGACUUCACCCCUCCAAGAAAGGAGAAUGAGACCUGGUGGCUGUGUAACUGCACGAUGGCCAUCUGCAAGUACGACAACGUGGUGGAGAUCGUGGAGGUGGAGUGCAAGCCGCCGCCCAUGCCCACCUGCUCCAACGGCCUCAAGCCUGUGCAAGUCAUGGACCCUGAUGGCUGCUGCUGGCACUGGGAGUGUGACUGCUAUUGCACAGGCUGGGGGGACCCGCACUACGUCACCUUCGAUGGGCUGUACUACAGCUACCAGGGCAACUGCACCUAUGUGCUAGUGGAGGAGAUCACCUCCACAGUGGACAACUUCGGUGUCUACAUCGACAACUACCACUGUGAUGUCAACGACAAGGUGUCCUGCCCCCGCACGCUCAUCGUGCACCACGAGACCCAGGAGGUGCUGAUCAAAACUCUGCAGAUGACUCCCAUAAAGGUGCAGGUGCAGGUCAACAAGCAGGCGGUGGCCCUGCCCUACAAGAAGUACGGGCUGAAGGUGUACGAGUCAGGCAUCAACUUCCUGGUGGACAUCCCUGAGCUCGGCGCCGUCAUCUCCUACAACGGCCUGUCCUUCUCCAUCAGGCUGCCCUACCAGCGCUUCGGCAACAACACCAAGGGCCAGUGUGGCACCUGCACCAACAGCACGGCAGACGACUGUGUGCUGCCCAGCGGGGAGAUCACCUCCAACUGCGAGCUGGCCGCUGACCAGUGGGUGGUGAAUGACCCCUCCAAGCCACGCUGCCCACACGCCGACUUUACCACCCAGCGCCCGGCUGUCAGGACGACUCCGUCCACGGGCAGCACUCCGUCUCCCAUCUGCCAGCUCAUCAAGGACAGCUUGUUUGCCGAGUGCCACCCGUGGGUGCCCCCCCAGCACUACUACGAGGCCUGCAUAUUCGACAGCCGCUUCAUUCCGAACUCUGGCAUUGAGUGCACCAGCGUGCAGGCCUACGCGACCCUCUGCUCCCAGGAGGGGUUCUGCGUGGACUGGCGGCGCCACACUAACGGGUCCUGCGCUAUGGCGUGCCACGAUCACAAGCAGUACCAGGCCUGCAGGCCCGCAGAGGAGCCCACCUGCAAGUCAAGCGCCCCACAGAACUCCUCCAUCCUGGUGGAAGGCUGCUUCUGUCCUGAAGGCACUACAAAAUACGCCCCUGGCUAUGACGUCUGUGUGAAGACAUGCGGCUGUGUGGGACCAGACAAUGUGCCCAGAGAGUUUGGGGAGUACUUUGUCUUCGACUGCAAGGACUGUGUCUGCCUGGAGGGUGGCAGCGGCAUCGCCUGCCAGCCCAAGAAGUGCAGCCGGGAGGCCCCGCCCACGUGCAUGGAGGAUGGCACCUACCUGGUCACCGAGGUCAACCCGGCCGACACCUGCUGCAACAUCUCCUCGUGCAAGUGCAACGCCAGCCUGUGCAAAAACAAGGCCCCUUCAUGCCCACUGGGCUUUGAGGUGAACAGCAAGAUGGUUCCCGGGCAGUGCUGCCCAGUCUACUCCUGUGAGCCCAAGCGGGUGUGCGUGCACAAGAACGCAGAGUACCAGCCGGGAUCCCCAGUGUACUCCUCCAAGUGCCAGGACUGCGUGUGCACCCACGAAGUCAACCACAGCAGCCAGCUCAACAUCAUCAGCUGCACCCACGUGCCCUGCAACGUCUCCUGCGACCCUGGCUUCGAGCCUGUGGAGGCCCCUGGUGAGUGCUGCAGGAAAUGCCAGCAGACCCACUGCAUCAUCAGCAUACCCGGUGGCCAGCCGGUCGUCCUGAAGCCUGGGGAUGCCGAGAGUAGCCCUAGCAACAAGUGCACCUUCUUCAGCUGCAUGAAGCUCCACAACCAGCUCAUCUCUUCCGUCUCCAACAUCACUUGCCCCGACUUCGACCCCAGCAGCUGCGUCCCGGGCUCCAUCACAUUCAUGCCCGACGGGUGCUGCCGGAGAUGCAUCCCUCUGAAUGAGACCAGGGUGCCCUGCUCCACCAUCCCGAUCGUCAAGGAAAUUUCCCACGCCGGCUGCGCCAAGAACGUCACCACCAACUACUGCUCCGGGUCCUGCCAGACGUUUUCCAUGUACUCCGCCAAGGCGCAGACCCUGGACCAUCGCUGCUCCUGCUGCAAGGAGGGGAGGACCGCCGAGCUCCAGGUGGUCCUGGACUGUCCCAACGGAGGCUCGCUGCCCCACAGCUACACGCACAUCGAGACCUGCACGUGCCAGGACAGCGUGUGCGAGCUCCCGGAGGCCCAGCGGACCCGUGCGCGGCGCGCCAGCCCCCGGCUUCUGGGCAGGGCAUAAGCAGCCGUGCCUGCCUGCGUCCUGCCGGCCCGCCUCACCCGCCGGCCCUGAGCUUCCUCCCCCUCUGCUUGUUUCCUCUCUGCAGAUAUUUAUUUUCUGAGUCUGUCCGAUCUUCUGCUUUCUGAUAAUAAACUCACGCA